AACCUGAAGCUCUCAGAGCUUCCCCAUCUUCAUCUAUAAGCCCAGGGAGAGGAAUAAGUGAUUCUCCAAAGCUGCACCUUUUUCCAUAAACAUUAGGAUGAAGGGCUGAGAUGAUGGCUGUUAGAAUUAUGUUGAGAAACAGUAGAGGGAUCUGAGAAAGCAAGACCAUGAGAUGAAAGUGGAGAAAAGGCGGUUUGAGUUGAGCCCUGAUGAGGUUCAUGCUCAUGGUUGCUCAACCAUCAACACGGGCUCAUCACGCCUGUUUCCAGAUUACUUCUAGAACUUAGCUACUCUCAUUUUAUAAGAUGGAAUGAAAAUGUGUACUACAUACAGAUCACGAAAACACACAAAGAAAAUGCAUCUACACAUUGCAGUGCAGGAUCACUUCGGCCUCAUUCUAGGGUUGUCCUUUCCUGGAUCCCAGCCGAGGAUCAUUUGCUCGCGAGAGUUCCUCCGUCUAGCUGCUCACAAGGCUGCUGCAGGAAACUAAAGUAAGAAAAUUGCCGAGACUCAGCUCGACCACGCUCCCUGAGGCCCCGCCCCUCCUCUCUGGCCCUCCUCUUGGCACCCCUCCCCAGCGUCGCACGUGCAGUUGUUGUGCUUCUACGUCACGUGUUCCCGGAAGUGCAAGACAGGCCCGCCUCAAAGAUGGCGACGCCCAGCGCACGAGGACGCUAUCCGUCUCUGGUUUGACUUGGGUGGUAGUCUUGACGAGGUCUGCGGUACCAUGGAUCGGCCGGGAUUCAUGGCCUCGCUGGUGGCUGGUGGGGUAGCAGGUGUUUCUGUUGACUUGAUAUUAUUUCCUCUGGAUACCAUUAAAACCAGGCUGCAGAGUCCUCAAGGAUUUCACAAGGCUGGUGGUUUUCAUGGAAUAUAUGCUGGUGUUCCCUCUGCUGCUAUUGGAUCCUUCCCUAAUGCUGCUGCAUUUUUUAUCACCUAUGAAUAUGUGAAGUGGUUUUUGCAUACUGAUUCAUCUUCAUAUUUGACACCUAUGAAACAUAUGUUGGCUGCCUCUGCUGGAGAAGUGGUUGCCUGCCUGAUUCGAGUUCCAUCUGAAGUGGUUAAACAGAGGGCACAGGUAUCUGCUUCUACAAGAACAUUUCAGAUUUUCUCUAACAUCUUAUAUGAAGAGGGUAUCCAAGGGUUGUAUCGAGGCUAUAAAAGCACAGUUUUAAGAGAGCUUCCUUUUUCAUCUGGCCUUUAUGAAGUUUGCUUAAAAAUGUUUUGAUCGUAGCCUUCUGUCCUUUUUUGUUCCCUUGGUUUCAUCAUAUGUUCUGAGAAACAGUAGAGUAGGUGGGAAAAGGUUGAUAAUCUUUGGCCUUGGAGAGGUUUUGGUACAUAGCCAAGUAACUCGCAGAUAUUUUAUUGACUAACGAAGAAGCAGAAUUUUUGUGAGAAAAGGAAUUUUUUUUUUUCCUUUUUGAAUAUGCUCUGCUUUUUGUUAUUGAACUUGUCCAUGCAAAACUCAUGUUAUAGAAGAAUACACCAGAGGGCGCACAAUGCCUGUAUUUUAAAUGUUGUUGGCCAAAACCUCUAAAACGAACUUGGGAGCUGCUUCCUGGCUUAAAAAAAAAAAAAAAAA